GCUUACGUUGAAGAGAUUUUCCGAAAGGAAGCGAAUUGUGCUGCGACGGAAUCUCAGAUGCGAUCCAGCGAACCUGGUCCAUCAUGGGGAACGGAUUCAGGACCAAAGCAUCAUCAGUUGCAGAGAAGACCAGGAGAUGUACAUAUACUGGAAUGGGAUCCCAAUGAAACUGAUGGACGUCCUGAUCUGUCGAAAGUAGGGCGGGCUGGAAAAUCAGCUGCUGUAUGCGCACAUUCGUCGAAUCUUUUAGCAGCAGGUGAUUGUCCAGCUGGACAAUCAACUGCAGUUGAUGGACGUCCACGUUCAUCGAAAGCAGUGCCAGAUGGACAAUCGAAAGCAAUGCCAAGUGGACAAGCGGCUGCUGCUGAUGUAUGUCCAGGUUCAUCGAAAGCAGUACCAGCUGGACAAUCAGCUGCGGCUGAUGGAUGUCCAGGUUCAUGGAAAGCAGUGCCAAGACAAUCGAAAGCAAUGCCAGCUGGAAAAUCAACUGCUGCUGAUGGAAGCUGGGGAGGAUAUGACAGGAGCAGCCGCCAUGCCGACGUGGAUGAUGUGAUAUGCACGGAGGUGGAGGCUUUCCGUCCGUCCGGGCGUGUUGGAAGCGUGGUGCAUUCGUUUCUCUCUUCACCCGCGUUUGUCGAUGGAGAGAUGAGGCUGUGCACUUCGGUGUCGACUGGCGCUGGAGUACCAAGACAGCAUGAUGGAAGACGACUGUGGGAUUUCGAUGACUGUGGGUCUCUGCUAUCAACAGACGAUGAUAGUGGAAAUCAAUCUCCAAGGUUGGAUGAGAUGUGUUCGGAGGAAGUCGAGUGCCAUCGCCAGAGAGGUGCUGAUUCCAAUGCUGAUAGGGUCUUCACAAUGGACCGAAGUGAGAUCUGCCAAGCACGUUCCCACAACGGAGUUCGAGGCAUUCAGAUAGCCACUGGAGAUUCUUGUGCUUUGGGAAAUCUGGGUUGCGGAAACUUGAUGCCGAAGCGCAGAAGACGUAGAGGUCCCUCCUUGAGAGCGACGGUUCCCCCUAAAGUUGCGCUAUCAAGUGAUCCUGGCCCUUCAAGAGGAAAAAGGCCAUGUCGGGUGAGUGACGUUGGAGUUGAGGAUUGUGACGAAGAUCUUGAGGAGGAGGAGGAGGAGAGCAAUGAGCUGGAGGAGGAGGAGGAGGAGGAGGAUAGUGAUGAGUCUGGUGAUGAUGAUGCAUAUGGUGUGGAGGGGUCCAACACUGGGCAGGUUACGGAGUCCGCUUUCCCCCCGGGUUGUGCACAAGGCGGUGGUGGAGGUCGAGCAGAGGAUUCGAUGCUCCGAGAAGUGAAGGGGGAAAUGUGUCAUUUCUAUUUUGAAAAUGUCGGUCAGGCGCCAAAAGACACUUGGGCGAAGAUCUCAGUUUUCUUGCAUGAGCAUCCUCCCGAGAAAGUGAAUAGCAAGGCAUACUGCGCGGCACGUCGCGAUCGGAGGUACGUACACAAUCUUCCGAGGACAGACCGGACUGAGUACAAGAGCCGAUACAUGACAAUAUCGGAUGUCAUGAAGGAGGAGGGACCAGGAAUGAAGUUCUGGCCAGAAUGGGACAAGAGGCAACAAUUUUGCUGUCUGAGAACCAAAAAAUGCGGUGGAAAGGAGUUAAAGAAGGCUCAAGACUUAAGUAUGAGGGGGAUCCACAACCCUAAACUGCGACGUUUUCUCGCGGAAAACAACCUUGUCUGGAUGCAACCAGAGAUUCUGACCCCUUUGACCCCUGAGCAAAUGGAGCUCGUGAUGGGAUAUCCGAAGUGGCAUACGUGCGACAUGACGCACCAGAACCGUUACAAAGCCCUUGGGAACGCUUUUCAAGUCCACACGGUUGCGACCCAUUUCUCGCCUCUCAAAGCCAAGUUUCCAGACGGGAUCCGAGUGUUGUCACUGUUUGAUGGGAUUGGUGGGUGCGCCAUCGCCUUAGACAUGGCAGGUGUGUGCAUGAGGGUGUACAUUGCUGUGGAGAUAGACGAGAAAUGUCGGAAAGUUGUUCGAAGCUGGUGGUUGAAACGUGAAUUGCCAAAGGAACAACUCAUUCAAGAUUGGAGAGACGUAACGAAAUUUAUGGAAAAAGAUAUAGAGGAUAUCUUUGAGCGGUUCGGAGGCAUUGACCUUGUUGUCGGAGGAAGCCCAUGCGGAAACCUGACCGGGACCAAUCGAAGGUCACCAGAAUUUUCAAAUGGUCGUUGUGGCCUUGAGGGGGAAAACUCAAAAUUGUUUUUUGAUUUCCAUCGCAUCCUUGAGCUUGUCAUAGAGAUGCAUUACAGAAAGGCGUUGAUGGAAAGCAAACAGCAGGUGAUGCAGCUCGAGGAGGAGUUGACGCGGCUUAAAGGUUCCGGCUCGCUUAAUGAAGAUCAGCCGCAGAGAACCCCCGGGGCCAAGUGGGGCAUUUACGACUCCUUGGAAUUUGCGAGACUCUUGUAAAGACGUCAGUCGUCACUCAAAAAUACAAUAAAAAAUUCCAACAGAC